UAUGAGGUCUUCUUUGGUCUUUUAGCUUAUUCUUUCAGUAUUGAUCGAAUUUUUUCUUUGAGAUAACCAUAAAAUGUGAUAAAUAUAUAAUAUUUUCUUGAAUUAACACCAGACCUCGAUAUUUCCCACUCAAAUUUUUGUAGCUUUGGUAUUUUUGAAGUUUGAUUAUUUUAAAAGAAUCUUUUUCAAGAAGGAUGUCUUAUAUCACUUUCUGAUGUGGUCACAAUCAAUAUAGUUUUCUAAAAUUUGAAAAGAAAAAAAUCAAGGUGUGUUUAGCAAUGCUUCCAUACUUCUGUCCCUAAAGGGACCAACUAACCUAUUUUAAACAUAAUAUUAUACGUUAUGUAACUGGGACUUCGUUAUCUUAACAAAAGCAACACUCGUGUUUUCUUUAAAGUGUUCAAUAAUGGUUAAAUUACAACUUCCAGUCUCAACGCACGACAAUAUAACGAGUCUAUAAGUUAAGUAACAAAAUUAAAUGGAUUGUUAGAAACACGAGGUUUCGAGCAUUUACUCGUUUUCAAAUGACUCGCUAAGAAUAGAGUCAAACAAGGUGUACAUGGGAAACAAGGUGCAAAAGAAUGAAAGAAUGUGAGUUGCAUCGUAAACAAAACAAGAAUGGGGAAAAGGAGGAGUAUAAGAAUAGAGUAAGAAAGAAACCUAUUGUAGAAGGUCAAAAUGCUUAUCAAGUCCAUUGCCCGCAUCAUUAUGUGUUUGUGUGGUUUAACUCAAGUCUCAGGUCCUCUCCUGUCUAAUAACUGCCACUCCUGUCUAAUAACUGCCACUCCUGUCUAAUAACUGACACUCGUUAACUCCUCUACUGUCUGAUAACUGUCAUAUCCACAUUCUGCUUCAACGUUGUUCAUAAAUUUUAAACUAAACAGAUUUGUUUUGAAGAAACUGCAAUAGCUUUUUUCGAGAUUAUCAUAGUAUUCCUAUCGCGAACUUGCCAACUUAGAAUUGUAAGGUACGACAUUAUACACGCCAAGACCUUGACAUAUGGCUUAUAAUAAACGAUUUCUGGAAACCUAGAAAUUUCAUAGGCAAUAGCAAAAGUAUGAAUACCUCUCUUGAAGAAAUAUACAUAUUGAGGUUAAGCUUCCCAAGAUCAAACUAUCGAACUGAAAGUCAAAUCUCAUUGUUGGCCAUAAGUUUUACGUUGGUCUUGCUGCUUGCGUGAAACAUGUAGGAACAUGGGACUGUCGUGUUUUAUACACUAAAAGCAUAAUUCAUGAAAUUAGCUGUAUUUUUUGUGAAUAAAGUGCAAUUAAAAUAGUAAUUUCAAACUACCACUCUUGCCUUGGUAUUUUCUCAUAUAUCUGUAACAGGAUGCUUCUUUUAUAAAUAUAGCAAAUUGUCCUUGCUUUCACAAAUACUGACUUUUCCUUUAGUCAUUGCGUUCCAGAAGUAAUUGCUUUCAGGUUUUCACAAUCUAGAGCUCUCAAAUAGACCACACUUUUUUAUCGACCCCUGCUAAUUUUUUUGGCUUUUUUAAUUUGGCCGUCUGUUAUUGUUUUGGUGCCUGGAAUUCUUGGUUCUUUUUCUUUCCAGUUUUUUUUGUUCACUUCACAUGUAUUUAAUGUUGGUACACAACAUAAUAGCAACUACCCAACUAAUAAAUGCCAACUUAUAAUGGCAACAAUAUUGCUAACGAUAAACGUGAUUUUUACAAGUAUCCAUUGGAAGUAUAUGGUGUGUAUAGUCUACACGAGCAAGUAAGAUCGGCUUGUUAAAAUUUUAAUUUUGAAUUCUUUGUAAUUUUCUAUCAAUCGAAUGUCUAAUGGCAAAGAAUGUCCACAAUUCAUUACUUCUAUAGGAUAUAGUAUCUAACCCAUGUUGGUACCCACGUAGACUAUAUGCAACUUCAUUUAACUGAAAUAUAUUUUUCAUAAAUCCUGGAUUUGAGUUGUUUACUGUAUUCCUUUGAUGGAACGAUAACAUCCAUUGUUUUUGAAAUAGUAUUUUCAAAGCUUGAUUUAAAGGCUGUUGCGCAACCGGCAGGUUUAGCCUAAGUUUUCUUGAGAAAUUGGCAGUGUUCUGUAUUUUCAUGCUGUCCGAUAUUAGGAAGGUCUUUUGAAUUAUAUUCGCAAAGGGCUCGUUUAUGAAUAUUAUCACAAGUUUGUCCCAUUUUCUGCUACAGUGCAUCCAUAAAUAAUGGCAAUAAUUAAAGUAACUAAGUAUAUAAAUGUUUUCAUUAAUAGUUUUUAUUUAUAUUCACUCAUAUUCUCGCCAGGAAAUUUAUCUUUUUACCCGCUUCUUUGCAUAGGUUUUUAUAUGUUUUUAUAAGUUAAGUUUGUUGUGCUGUGUUAUUCCAAGUAGUUUGGCAUUCUUCAUCUCUUCAUGUGUGGAGACUUGAGUGUUAUUUGAGUCGCUUGUUCAAACGCUAUAAGUGACCAUUGAAGCCAGUUGCAGAUGAAUGGGCACCGCAUAAUUUUGAUUGGAUGACGCUGAACAAUACCUUUGAAGCAAAAAGAAAAAAUAAUAACAGAUAGGAAUAGAGAUUGGAAAAGAUGUUUUGACUUUACUUUUGAAAGUGUCUCAACAGCGUAAAUUAGCCCUGUAGUAACCUUUGGAGGUGGGGGGCGUACAUUCAAAACAUGUGGUUACCAAUUACUAAAAGUAUAGUACCAGAAUGAAAUAAAUUAGUUUGAUAGUUAAAACCACGACGUUUGGAGCAUGUAUUUGACUUGAUAACGAGUGCGUGCUCAAAACUUCGUAUUUUUAACUAUCAAACUAAUUCAUUUCAUUCUGGUACUCAAUUUAUUUGCUAACUAUUUUAUAGUUAUUUUUGAUGAAGCACCACGCGCAGCGUACAUACUAGAAAUAUACCUCACUGACCCAUUGUUACUUCUUGGUCACAAAUCAUUUUCCUUUACAUUUAUUUUGCGCAAUUCCUGUCAACUGGUUGGUUGUCAUUAUAUUUGCAUCCUAGAACUCAGGCAAGGAAUUAGGUGAACGGCCUAUUUAAAGGCAUAGCUAUGAUAAGGUGCAUGAGUAUUGCGUCUGAGUUGCAACGUCCUGUUCUAUAAACGGCUUGUUGUAGACUGAAUUUUAUGGCCUAUUUCACUGGUACGGCAGAGAACACCCCUAUUGAAAUGAAACACCUAUUAAGGCCCCACCCCUGUGCUGAUUUUCCCAUUGUCCUUUACUUGGUAACUUGGCAUGCGAGAUUCAGAACCAUGCUAGAAACAGUGGUGGAAAUUAUGGGAACAUGGACAGUAAUAUUCUGCCUCUUGGUAGAAAUAUAGCAGAUGCUUAAAUGUUCAAACGUGUAUUUGUUUAUAUUCAAUUGGUGCAUGGCUUCGAUAACAUUUUGGUAUUUUUGGCAUCAUUCUGCCAUUAAUGUCUUCAUUAUCUAUCAUUUUGUAACGAUUAGGGUUUCUUGUUAUGACGGUAAAGAACCAGUGAAUACUACCCAUCUCGCUGGUUGAGUGAUGGGCUAGGCCCCGAAAUAACGCACAGAAGAUACUUCUUCUUUGAUGUUAUCUCUAAUGAUUCGACAGAAAAAUUAACUUUUUACGAAGACAGACACAAGGCGUUCACUAACGCAACAAGACGUAACAGAAUUUUAACAAGCAACGAGUACAUUGCUAAAUUAAUCAAAUAUAAAAUCUAAACUAUUACAAUUUAUAUGCACUUGACGUAUACAAAGGGAAAUUUUCUAUAGGUUCCCAUUCUUUUUCGAGACUCGCCCACUCGCCUUUGAAGCCUCGUUUUGAAAAGAAGCUUGUUGGAACAAGAUGGCCGGCCUGGUAUGUUGGAAAUAAGCUCCGACAAAAGCAUGGAGUUUUGUUAGAUGCUUUUUCGCAGUGGGCGUUCCACUUGCUGUUUUUUACAUGUUGUGUUUUGGUCGUCGGCCUGUGGUCUAAAUUUUAGCCAGGCCCCGUUAUUUAUCAUGAAAACAGGUCCGUUUGGUGCCUUCUUGCGGAAAGCCAGAAAAUGGUGGACAUUCAAGAGCAUAGUGGUGUUAAUUGGCUGUUUGUAUAUCAGCACAUUUUCAAUCAUUAUGCCGUUAAUUUGCAGAGAGCUUGGCUACUCAUCUUUUUUUGCGUCGGAUAGAUUGCAAGAGAAAGUCGAUUUGCGUAACAAGGAAAGGUUAGAAGCUUCAUUGAACUUUCUGGGAAAGUACGCAAAAUCCAAUGGGGUUGUCGGAGGUUUGAGAAAAAGGAAAGCUGGGCUGAAGAUAUGUGUGGCUAUAUUGUCAAAGAGCCGUUCGAAUUCACCUGGAUAUCUAAUACAAACAUUCUCAAAGCUUGUCAAAGAAACAUAUAAUUUGACAUCAUAUUUUAAUUUGAAUGUUAUCAAUGCUGAAUUCCCACCAGAAUUAAACAAAGAUGCGGUUAAACUGCAAAGCUUCGAUAUUGGAAAUUAUUAUAUCGCUCAUAAAGAUAAUCAAAGGGCCUACUUGGAAGAACUGGAUCCAUAUGAUAAGCACAGAGUUGAUCUCAUUGAAGCACUGAGUGUUUGCAAUAGCCGGGCAUACCACUUUGCACUUGUACUUGAAGAUGAUGCCUUUGCAGGAGAGAAUUUUGGUUUGGUAUUUGACUAUUUGUUUCAAAGCUUCUAUAAAGAUGUUUCACUUGGUUAUGUCAAACUAUAUCACCCAGAAAAAUGGCAAGGAUUUGGAUAUGACACCAAGCUAGAACUCAGUUGCGUAGUGGUUGUGACAGUUACUUUGGUAACAACAAUAUUAUUGUCAAUUGCCGGGAGAGCAAAUUGGAGCUUGAGACAAAUAUUUCAAGGGCUUGUUCUUCUAUUGUUGAUCAGUGCAUAUGUUCUGAUAUUUGUUUAUACAUUUUCAAGACAGCAUAUUUUAGAAACUUUGAAGUUUUCAAAAUUUACACAUUUUAUUGUCAAUGGUCCUGGCUGUUGCACCAGUGCCAUGCUCUACCCAACAAGAGUUUUGGAUGAAUUGAUCAGUUUUCUAAGAACUGGACUUGUUUGCAGCCGAAACAAUCCAAUUGACAUUGCACUUGCUAAUUACUUUGAAAGCAAUGGAAAGAACAGGUUGCUGGUUGUUCCAAAUUUAUUCUACCAUAUUGGCUACUAUUCAAGUGUCAGUGGUGCAAAAGACCCCAGAGAGUUUUUUCAUCUAUAUCCACCUAAGAUCUAACAACAAUUAUGUAUUUUUAAUUGUAGCAAUAAAUUGAAUUUUUAAUGAAAUUUUAUUCAGAUGUAUAGAGGACAACCGACAAAAAUCAUUUGGAAAAAAACAAAGAGAAAUCAUUCAUUCUGGUGGAUUUGUAUCAUAUUAUAAUGUACUGAUACAGAAUUUAACAAUUUAACUUUAACUAUGCUACAGCAAAAGUCCCCAACUAAGUGUGCUGGCUAUGUUAGGGCUUGGAAGCCCAAGCCCUUUUAAGAUUUUUAGGUGGGGCUCAGUCACCCACUGGUAAUUUUUUUCAAAUUUUGAGCUAUCCCCCAACAAUGUUCAGCUUUUAUGGUAAAAACCAUGACACCUCUUUAGCAUCAGUGGAUUUCUAUUAUUGCCAUUAGCAGGGAUGGAUUUAAGCAGCAAUGACUGGGGGGAUGUUAGGUAAUGAUUAGAUGUUGGUACUACACCCUUCAGUUGACUGGAAAGCGAUGGAAACACUCAUUUCUAAAAUUCUGUUUUUAACUUUAAAAUAAAAAAAUAAAAAGAUAAGUGAAGGAAAUUUUUUUGUAUCAUUUUGUUACUACUGAUAACCAAAAUGUGUUUUUCACAAAAUUGAAGCAAACUUCACCAAAUGACGCAAACAUAUUGGGGAAGGGGGUGUCACAUCCCAAAGAAUAAAUCCGUCCCUGGCCAUUGGUAACAGCAGAUUUCUGUGAGACAAACUGUACCUGAAUUACUAUGCUUACUUGUGUUUAAGGUGAAGUGUGGAUGUACAAUCAUGAAUUGGAGUGUUACUUUUUAUAUGUGACCUGAUCACAUAUUUUAUUCAUUUUCUGUUUUGUUCAAUGGUAUUUUAGUUUAGGGGGUAUGCACUGUAAUUAUAUGGGCACAUUAUUUCUAGGAUAACAGUAACUCUUUUACAGCUACAACAGGAUUGUAAACUGUCAGUUAGUCUUACUUUUUUUAUAUUAACCCAUAAAUGCAGCUAUAUUGAAUGCCUAUGUUGUUCAUUUGAAGACAUCAUUGUGACUUGAGUA